ACACACGCGCGCGCGCAAAACGAUAUAGUUGGCUUAGUGCCCUAGUCAGCUGUAAAGCCGAAAGCCCGAGUAAUGAGUAUUGUUAUCGACGCCCCAAGUCGAGCACUUGACAAUCUCGCAAAAUAAUUUACAAUAUUUUAAAACCACUCACCGCUCUUCCUUACAGUUCGAAUACACGUAGUUGUGCGUGUUCGCGACAUAGCGUUGGCGAACGCUUCGAAUACACCUAUCUCCUUUGAUUGUUGUUCCCGGAAAGAGACAUUAAAUUUUAAAUCCGUUUGUACGCGAGUUGUACCCAGAAAGCAUUAAAACAAUCGCUUUGAGAUUGACAGUCAUGUCGUCGCUAAAAUGGUACGAAGGCGAUUCCAAAGCAGCACUUCAACACAUGAUGGACCGAAAUUGUGUGCUUUUGAUCUAUAUAGGAAAUGGAAAUGAUGAUUUUGUAAAGAUUUUCGAUGAUACAAAUAUCAUUCAAUCACUGAAUAAUGAACUAAUGUUAUGCUAUAAAAUGGAUCCACUAAGUCCAAGCUUUAAAAAUUUUAAAGCUAUUUUCAAUAGUGUCGUCAUUCCAUCAAUUUAUUUACUAGAAAAGAAUAAUUCUCAACAAUAUAUCAUAACCAAAAAACAAGUUUUAACAAAUCCUGAUGAUGUUCAACUGGAUUUGAAACGUCAAUUGUUAAAUGCUGUUCAAUGUAUUAUGAAAGAUAUUUUAGACACAAUCAAUGUUGAUGAAAAUAAACAGAAAUAUUUACAAUACUUGACUGAUAUUACUAACAAGUUGAGUGUCUUUGAUAGUCCUAGUAAUGUUGGUGUCAAAAAAGUUGCAGAAAAAAUUAAAAAAUCUAAUGAUACUGCAAAAAUUAAAUUCAAAGUUCCAUGUAAAGAUAUGACGAUAGUCAAAGAAUUUCAAACAAAUUCUUUACUCAAAGAUAUCAAAACUUAUAUAUUAAAUGAAGCUCGUCUCUCUGGAAGACGUAUAAAACUUAUAGCUCAUCGACAAUUUACUGAUGAAGAUUUUAACCAAACAUUAAAUACAUUAAAUUUGUGUCCAUCAUCAACUGUUUAUGUACACUUGGAUAUGGAACAAUCAAAUCAGUGGCUGUACUCCAUACUCAAUUAUCAAUCUUGGCUUGGAAAUGUACUUAAUUUUAUCAUUAUCAACCCGUUUAAUUUUAUUCAACAUUUUUUAAUGAGUUUGGUAAGACCAGCACCAUCUGUUGAAGCUCCAAGAACGGUUAAUUAUCAUUAUAAAAAUAAAACAAAUAAAGUCAAAAAGUCAACAUACAAAUCAGUUUCUAAUAUCCAUCAAUUGAAUACUAAAAACUCUGAUGAUGAUGAAAACAAUACAUACAAUGGAAACUCUACACAACAAUUGUAAUAUUUAAAUGUCUUGAAUAUAUUAUUCUUUUUAACUUAAAACAAUAUAUUAAAUAUCUGUAAAAUCAA